GUCAAGAUCCCUUCAGUCCUAGCAGACUGGGUUCCCGAUCAGAUUCUCUCUCAGACACCAGGCCUCACUUGGAAGCAGAAGAUAAGACCGGAUGAGCUCGGGAGAAGCCCAUGGGUGUCCCUGAGGGGGCCCAAGCAUUUGCUGCCGUGCUGCUCUGCAUGGAAAAACAAGGCUGGGUGGGGGAUGGCAGGCCUGUUUGCACACCGCACUGUUCAAACAGACUCCCCUGCCGCAGACACCUGUGCGGUGGAGGACAGGGCAGGCAGUGCCAGGGGAUCUCACCUCUUCCAACUCUCGCCGCAGCCACCCUGACAGCUGCUGCAGAGUCCUGGCCACAUCAUGCCCCGUGCUGGGGUCUGCAGCUGCUGGGGUGGCCAAGUCUUGCCCCUGCUCCUCGCCUAUAUCUGCUACCUGCUGCUUGGGGCCACCAUCUUCCAGCUGCUGGAGAAGCAGGCAGAGGCUCAAUCCAGGGACCAGUUCCAGCUGGAAAAGCUGCGCUUCUUAGAGAACUACACCUGCCUGGACCAGCAGGCCCUGGAGCAGUUUGUACAGGUCAUCCUGGAAGCCUGGGUGAAAGGCGUGAACCCCAAAGGCAACUCCACUAACCCCAGUAACUGGGACUUCGGGAGCAGCUUCUUCUUUGCGGGCACAGUGGUCACUACCAUAGGUUAUGGGAACCUGGCCCCCAGCACGGAGGCAGGGCAGGUCUUCUGUGUCUUCUACGCCCUGAUGGGAAUCCCACUCAAUGUGGUCUUCCUCAACCAUCUGGGCACAGGGCUGCGUGCCCACCUGACCACACUGGACAGGUGGGAGGAGCACCCCAGGCAUUCCCAGCUCCUGCAGGUCCUGGGCCUGGCACUGUUCCUGACCCUGGGGACCCUGGUCAUUCUCAUCUUCCCACCCAUGUUCUUCAGCCACGUGGAGGGCUGGAGCUUCCGCGAGGGCUUCUACUUUGCCUUCAUCACCCUCAGCACCAUUGGCUUCGGGGACUAUGUUGUCGGCACAGACCCCAGCAAGCAUUACAUUGCUGUGUAUCGGAGCUUGGCAGCCAUAUGGAUCCUCCUAGGGCUGGCGUGGCUGGCGGUGCUCCUCAGCCUGGGAUCCCUGCUACUGCACAGGUGCUCCCGGCUCUGGCAGCUCAUCAGAGGCCUGGACCUUAAGGAUGGAGCAGCCCCGGACUCUGAGCCCAGAUCACAGAAAAUCCCCAUCUCUGCAUGAGACCCAAGUGUCCCGACCUCCCCAAACCCAUGACAUUCCCUGCCCUUCCCCUUUCUUCUCAACCCACACACUACCCAGCAACCCUCCAGAGAGAGAAAGGAGACAGAUGCACCUACAAAAUAACUGAGUGCGGAAUGAGGAGACAAAAAUCAGAGAUCUGCGUGGAUGGAGAUGUGAAGGUUGCCCCCGGAACUUUUCCCUGUCUCCCAAAGAGAACCUGGAGAAGUUAAACUGGGCACAGAUCAUGGUGGCCAAGUCACUACUGCCGUCUUAACAUAGUCACAGGAGCCCUUAUACUGCAAGCAAAGGCGGACUUGAUUUUUGUAUUAUUUACUACAUACACAGUAGGCUAUUAACAGAUCCCUACGAAGUGGGCCACACUGUGCCUGGCUCUAGGGCUUUCACAGUGCUGCCUUCUGCCUUCACUGUGUCGUCAGUCUUGAAGGAGCCCCAAGGCAGCAUCCUCACCCUUGGUAGGAACAAACCUGGGGAGAAUGAAAGUUCAGGGCAGUGGCUGGACGAGGGGAGCUGGACACACACAUCUGGGGAUACAGGAAGCUGUCCUCAGGAGUCUCAGCUGAGGAACAAGAACGCUGCCAGUCAGAAUUCUCCAGCUCUCCUAGCCCACAGGUGGCGAGGAAUCCUAGAACAACAUGAGGGACCCCCUAUUCAGGUGUCCCACCACUUUCCUGAACAUGACCUCCCCGACCCUCAGAGCACACUUAGACCUCUUUACUGCCCCUGAGAAGCUGAGGGGUGGGGCUUGGGCAGCAGAUCCCAAGAGCCUCAGAGACCAUGAGCUCCCUUGGGGCAUGGACUCCCACGGGAACACCCUCCAUCCGAGCCUGGUCCUUCUGCCAGACUGUGACACUGUAAGUCAGAAGGGAGGAAAAGGUUUGGCCCAGACUCACAGGAUUAGGAACUAAUUUUUGUUUGGACUUCCUUUACUUCUCCAGUGGUAGGGGGGUUCCCAUGUUCUGUGUCUUGUUCAGAGCAUUAAGGGUCGGGGUGGGACUGUGAGCCCCAGAGGGUGAGGGGAGUCUCAGGGACGGAUCCACAUUGGCAGAGGGUUCCCAGCACUCAAGUCUUACUUCCAUCCAGGAAAGGAUUGAAAUCUGCCGUCUCCGACCCCUCUCCACAUGCUGGACCCUACCUCUGUUCUGGGAUGGAGAUACAGGGACUUCCCUCCAAAGCAGCAAGGGAAGUCUGGCUCCGGUUCUCUUGCCUGCUAGCCUCCCAACCCCGGAACAGCACAGACAAACCAUACCCAACUGUGCCCCUCCCACCCCCGUUUUUUAAUUCUUUUAGUACACUGGCUGUAGGGAGAUCUAGGGUGAUACAAGCAAGCGCUUGAAGAAAGUCCCCGGCCCCUCAGCGUAGGCAGGA